AUGGAGAAAUUAUUUAAUUGUUUUUCUUUGUUGACUAAAAACGUAAAUAAUGUGUACUUUAUAUCGAAAAGAUAUAUGCUUAAGGAAUCUAUCAAUCACAUCUUGAACAAGAAAGUUAUGGAUAGAUAUAUACGGCUCCCCGUGCCUUGUAACAAGGUUUUAGCAACGUAUUGUUGGAUCGACGGCUCUGGUAUCAAUCUGAGAUGUAAAGAUAGGAUUUUAAAUUGCACCCCUUAUAGCGCAGACGUGGCCCCUGGAUGGGCAUUUGAUGGAAGCUCCACCGGUCAAGCCACCACAGCUAAUUCUGACACAUCGUUAAAACCAUGUGCCGUUUAUCGAGAUCCGUUCAGAAUGGAACCUCACGUCCUUGUCUUGUGUGAAGUAUAUAUGGGAGAUGGUUCGCCGGCUUCCACUAACCAUAGAAAAUUUUGCAAUGAUCUAUGCGAGUUUCAUAGAGCGGAAGAACCAUGGUUUGGAUUGGAACAAGAAUAUACAAUGCUAGAUGUCGACGGCUGGGGCUUGGGCUGGCCCAAAGGUGGUGGGUUUCCUGCUGUUAAUUACGAAUUCUCUUAUUGCGGAAUCGGAGCUAAGUAUAUUGCAGGACGGGAUAUUUGUGAAGCUCAUACUAAAAGCUGUCUUUAUGCGGGAUGUGAUUUCGAAGGCACAAAUGCGGAAGUAAUGUUCGCUUGUUGGGAAUGGCAGAUUGGAACCACAAUAGGGAUUUAA